AUGGCUUUCACUCGUCUUGCCUCGAUUGUCUUCUUGUCGCUCGCUGCCUGUCAGGUUAGCGCGGGUGUCACCAGACAAGUCAAGUGUCCGAGCGGCCAUUUCACAACCAACGAGAAAUGCUGUCAGCUCUUCCCCAUUGUGGACCUCCUCCAACACGAACUUUUCCAUGGCUCGAAAUGCGAAGCAGGCGCUCAUCAUGCUCUUCGCCUCUCGUUCCACGAUGCGAUAGGCUUUUCCACCAAUGGCGGAAAAGGAGGAGGAGCCGACGGUUCUAUCCUUAUUUUUCAUGACAUAGAAGAGAAAUAUCAUGCAAACGGAGGAGUUGCAGAGAUUGCGAGACAGCAAAUGCCCGUCUUCAAGAAGACAAAUCUUACUGGUGGUGACUUCGUUCACCUUGCGGCUGCUGUUGGAACUUCCAACUGCCCAGGCUCCCCAAGACUCGAGUUUUGGUUUGGGCGCCCAGCGCCCGCCGCUGCUGCACCCGACAAGACAAUUCCCGAGCCGACGGAUAGCGUAACCGACAUACUCAACCGUUUCGCUGAAGCGGGCCUUUCGCCUCGCGAAGCCGUCGCGCUGCUCGCGUCGCAUACUAUGGCUGAUCAGGACCGAGUGGAUCCGACCGUACCAGGGACUCCCUUCGAUUCGACCAUCGAAAGAUUCGAUUCCCAGUUCUUCCUCGAGGUCCUCUUGAAUGGGACCAUGUACCCUGGUCAUGGAUCCCAUGAAGGCGAAGCCCUUUCGGCAAUUAAAGGCGAGAUGCGCUUGAAGAGUGACUUCUUGAUGUCCCAAGAUCCCCGAACGGCGUGCUUCUGGCAAGCGAUGAUCAACAACCAGAAAUACAUGAUGGCUGAAUUCAAAGCCGCUAUGGCCCGCAUGCAAGUUCUCGGGCAGGACGUCUCGACUCUUACCGAUUGCUCAGAUGUCGUUCCCGUUCCUCGUGCCUUCAACGGCCCAAUUAAAUACCCGCCCAGCUUCUCAGAGAAAGACAUUGUCAUUGCCUGCACGGAGACGCCGUUCCCCAGCCUUUCUACCCAACCGGGCCCACCACCUACCGUGUCCCCCGUCUAA